AUGGGGCAGUUGCCGGUGUUUUUGUCCAAUGGAGCGACUUGCCUCGUCUCAAUUCGUCGCCUAAAUGGCUACCUGAAUGCCGCUGAACUAGACCCAGAGGCGAUCAGCCAUUCCUACGACCCAGAAUGCGCCAUUCGAGUUUGUGGUGCUAGUUUCACCUGGAACAGCCCAUCAAAUCCUACCUUAAAAGACAUCAACUUCGCCGUUCCCCACGGCUCGCUGGUGGCCAUCGUCGGAACAGUCGGCUCGGGAAAAUCAUCUCUUUUGAGUGGAAUUCUUGGCGAUAUGGAAAAGAUAAAAGGAAAUGUAAAUGUCAACGGGAGGAUCGCCUACGUUCCCCAGCAGGCGUGGAUUCAGAAUGCCAGCCUCAAGGCGAAUGUCGUCUUUACCUCGAAUUUUGAAAACGCUGAAGAACCUCGUUACCAGGAGGUAAUUCGCGCCUGUUGCAUGGAGCCGGACAUUGCCAUACUGGCCGACGGAGAUCGAACCGAGCUGGGCGCCAAGGGAAUUAACCUUUCCGGAGGACAGAAAGCGAGAAUCAGCCUCGCUCGGGCGGUCUUCUCCGCUGCCGAUAUUUACCUCCUUGACGACCCGCUCAGUGCCGUGGAUGCCCACGUUGGAAAGCGGCUUUUUGAGGAGGUGAUCGGAAGCGAGAAAGGACUUCUUAAAGGAAAAACUCGGAUUCUAGUCACACAUCAGGUGUCAAUUCUGGAUCAGGUGGACCUAAUUGUGGUGCUGAAGCCGGGAGGGACGGUCUCAGAGAAGGGGACGUUCCAGGAGUUGAUGGCGAAGAAAGACGGGGACUUUGCCGCCUUUAUGGCGGAACACAUGAGCAGUGUUGAGGAGGAGGAAGAGGAA